GCGGGUGGGGUGCCCCGGAGCGGAGUCGGAGGAAGCCUAGUGGGGAGAGCUGGCGGAGCUGGCUAGUGCUUGCUUGUGUCAUGGAGUCCCAGAUUAGCUCCGACCCGGAGGAGAGGACUGUGUGGGCCUUCUUGAUCUCUAUCAAGGGCAUAGUGAAGAUGAUACGGCUGAUUUUGAUUAUAGUAGCCUUGAUCAUAUAUAUUGUUGCUCAAGCCCCUGAAACAUACAUAGUAAUCACAACUUUGGAAGCCAUCACUGUGCUUUUUUUCGUAAUAUUGUAUUUACUAAGACUUGACCUAGUGUUGAAAUUUUUGUUUUGGCCUUUGCUCGAUAUUAUAAACUCACUAAUGACCAUAGUGUUCCUUAUGAUCGUGUCUGUUUUGUCGUUGAUACCAGAAACUAAAAUACAGAUUGCUGUCGCAGGGAUCCUUGGAAUUGUGGCAACUGUGUUUACUGUUGCAGAUGCUGCUCUCAUCUACAGAAAACUUAUGUUUAAUCCAAGUGGUCCCUAUGAGAAAAGGCACACUCAUGAAAAAAAGCGACGUUCUCGUCACUCUCGCCACUCUCAUCGUAGCUAUCACCCUCGUCUUUCUCAGGAAAAAGAUGAAGACUUGUAAUUUUGUUUCUUCUAAGUUCAAAUAUAUUUCUGUAGUCUUUCAUAUUUUCUCUAAAGUGUGAACUUGGGAAAAGGGGGAAAAAGUAAAAUAAGGAAGAAUUUCUAGUGGACAAAUUCUGGAAACAGAGGAAGAUUGGUAAUGUGUCUGCCUUUAGAGGUGGAAGAACAGGAUGGACUCAAUUCUGUGAUCCUGGUUCCAUCUGAAUGGCAGGUGGCUUGGCCUUCAUAGUUGGCUGCUUUCCUCUACAAAACCAAGGAGUUGGAUUAAGUCAUUACUAAGGUCCUUACUUGCUUUGAACCCUGUAAAUUGCCAGUCUCUUCCCAGCCUUGGGUAUUGGGUUGUCUAAAAACUAUUAGAAUCAGAAAUUGGAUAAGGCAAGGUUUAAGAAUUGCAUUCCUGCCUGUGUGCAUAGGAAAUGUAAACUUUUGCAGCUUAUUCGACAUGAUGAACCAUAGAGUCUUCCAACUGGAAGGAACCUUAGUGGUCAUCUGUACAACACUCCUAUGUUAUAUAGGAAAAAAAUAGGCCUGUCAAAAAAAAAAAUCCCUGCCUACUGUGAAAAAGUUUUCCUGAAUUAAAAAUAAAUGCAUUUAUAAAAAUGGA